UCUAAUGUGCAGCCCAAGGUAUCAUUAUUACCUAACAAUGGCCAGCUUUCGUUUAGCCCUGGGGGCUUAAAAGCUGCAUUGAAAUGAAGAAAAUAAUACCUUUCCCACAUAAUCCCCCACCAUACCAACCAACAAACAAGAACCUUCCUUCUCUCAUCUUCCCCCACUCACCAUCUUUUAUAAGCACCACCUUUCACUUAUGACUUAAAAUUCAAAAUCCAAAGCAUAAAAGUACUCUGUUUUUGCUCUGUUUUUAAGUCAUGGUGGUAAAGGUAACUCCACUUUGCUUGCUAUAUUGGCUGUUAAUUUCAACAUGGUGCCUUAUGGUUUCAACGUCAGGAAUGGUGUUGAUUCCAUUAACUCAUUCAUUAUCAAAAACCCAAUUCACCACUCCACACCACUUGCUUAAAACCACCUCAACUCGUUCAGCAACUCGGUUCCGCCACCAUCUUCACCACCGUCACAAACAAGUGUCAGUCCCUCUUUCACCUGGUAGUGAUUAUACACUUUCGUUUACUCUUGGUUCACCUUCUUCUUCAACUAUUUCACUUUAUCUUGAUACUGGUAGUGAUCUCGUUUGGCUUCCUUGUUCACCAUUUGAAUGUAUUUUAUGUGAAUCGAAAACGCCACCGCUUUCUCCUCCGCUUAAUCUUUCUUCAUCUGCUACUGCUGUACCAUGCAAAUCCUCCGCUUGCUCCGCCGCUCAUUCUUCUCUUCAUUCUUCUGACCUUUGUGCCAUCGCACGGUGUCCACUUGAUUCUAUCGAAAUGUCGGAAUGUAACUCUUUUCCUUGUCCGCCGUUUUACUAUGCGUACGGUGACGGCAGUUUAAUCGGCCGGCUUUAUAAAGACUCGUUAACUCUCCCGAACUCACUUUCGGUUCAAAACUUCACUUUCGGCUGUUCUCACACCACGUUGGGUGAACCGGUCGGUGUAGCCGGGUUCGGGUUCGGCCGGUUGUCUUUACCGGCUCAGCUUUCCUCCGUGUCGCCGCAACUCGGUAAUAGAUUCUCAUACUGUUUAGUUUCUCACUCGUUUGAUUCUAACAGAGUCAGGCGACCGAGUCCACUCAUUCUCGGUCGGUACGAGGAUAAAGAAAAUCAGUUCGGUAACGAACUCGUUGAAUUCGUUUAUACCGGUAUGCUUUCUAAUCCUAAACAUCCCUACUUUUAUUCUGUUGGGUUAGAAGGAAUCUCAGUCGGAAAAAGGAAUAUUCCGGCACCGGAGAAUUUAAAAAGGGUUGAUAGAAGAGGAAGUGGAGGAAUGGUUGUGGAUUCAGGUACAACUUUCACUAUGUUACCAGCGAGUUUAUACGACUCGGUGGUGACUGAGUUCGAUCACCGAGUUAGCCGGUUUUACAAGCGAGCAAACACGGUCGAAGAAUCAACCGGGUUGAGUCCGUGUUAUUUUUAUAACAAGGUAGUAGCCGCCAAAGUACCCGCGAUUACGUUGCAUUUCGCGGGGAACGGAUCCAGUGUGGUACUGCCGAGGAAGAAUUACUUUUACGAGUUCAUCGACGGAGGUGAUGGAGUAAGGGAAAAGAGGAAUGUAGGGUGUUUGAUGUUGAUGAACGGUGGUGAUGAAGAGGAAUUGAGUGGUGGGCCAGGGGCUACACUUGGGAAUUACCAACAGCAAGGUUUUGAAGUGGUUUAUGAUUUGGAGAAAAGGAAGGUUGGAUUUGCAAGAAGAAAAUGUUCUUCUUUGUGGGAUAGUUUGAAAAAUUAAGUUUUGAUUUUGGGUAAAAAGUGAAACUUUUUGGGUUUUGCUCGUAAAUUUCGUUUUUCAGUAUCUGCACUUCAGUUCAGUGCAUUGUUAAUACUUUGAUGUCAAAGUUUGUGUUUGAAUAUAUGAACCAAUAAUUGAAGUGUAGAGUAAAUAAAUAAAUUGCAAAAGCUUGUGUA